AGACGGCGGCGAGCCGGGGCCGGGCUCGUGGCCGGGCUCGUGGCCGGCGCUGGCUUCGUUGCGUGUGGCGGUGGCAUGGCUGCGCGUGCCGGCUGCUGAGGAGUCGGUCAGGUAUUUUUGAGCUGACUUCUUUCAUUGAAUACUAAGAGUGGUAAAAUCAUGGAUAUGUACACCAGGGCUCAGAGCAGUCGACUGAAACCAAGAAUGUCUGUGAAAAAGAGUUUUGGUGAGAGUGUACUGCACUCUAUGAAGUCACUGCUGCACAGCAAAAAGGACUUAUGCAAUGUAUCAGCAGAGGAAUGUCUAAAUCAAGAAGAACACGAUUAUUUCAUUGAGAUGACAUUUAUAGGUUUUGCUGAAGAGAUGGGUACUGCUCAUUUGCAGGAGUUGGCAGCUGUUUCGGUAGAGCUUCCAGAUGUUCUGAAAUCACUCCAGUUGUGUAAACUAAAAGAAAACGAGGUUAUGUUUUUAAAAGAUAUAAAGAAAACCUUGGUAAAACCUUAUGCCAUAAAACCUCAGAAUCAGCUUCCUGAAGUGGUUUGUGUGAUGAGACUGUCUCCUUCAUUCCCAAGGAUCAAAGCUGAUUAUAUAUUUACCUUGCUGAGCAAAUAUACCACAGGCAUAAGAUAUGCAGUGGGAAUAACCUCAUCGCAAAAACAUCAAUCAGAGACAUCCCAUGGAGAAGAUGAUGACACUAAUCAGUCAGUUUCUUCAAUUGAGGAUGAUUUUGUCACUGCUUUUGAACACUUAGAUGAAGAUGAGCCUUCAAAGAUACAAAGUGCUGGUGUAUGCAGCUUUACUUCUCAAAACCAUCGAGAUGCUGCUUCUCAGACCAUUUCUGCUCAAAGUUUAGAAGCUGUUGACUCAAAGAUCCUUGUGGGUUCUGUACGUCGGAAGUCAUCUGCCAGAUCUUCUACUUUAGUUGAUAUUUUGGGACUUAAAGAACUGUCCUCAGUGAAGAAUUCGGUUACAACCUCAAUUUCUGAUCCUUGGAUACAAAGGAGUUUCUAUAAGACAUACAAUCCUUCUGAUCAAGGUGUGAAUUUUUUAUGUAAAACGUUUUUUUCUUCCUCUCCAGCUGAAUCCUCUGAGUCAGAUUGCUCCAGCCCAAGCCCCAUCAUCUUCUUAGAUGAAGAAGGAUAUCAGAAAAGUUUGAAGGCCAAGCUUCAGCUACCAAAAAUUCCAGUAGUGAAAGAUGGUAUAGAGGAUUCAGACUCUGAAGUAAGUGAAUUUUUUGAUAGCUUUGAUCAGUUUGAUGAGCUGGAAGAAGCCUUGGAAAACUCUUGUAAAGUUAUUAGAGAUCCCAUCCUGGGGAACCCCACCCAGAAAAGGAGGACUGCACAGGAAAAACUGUCAUCUGCAAGUGUUGCAAUGAAUCCUCAGAAAUUCAAGUCUGAUCGUCCCACUCUCCCUGCCAAUGUAAAGAAGCCAACUCCUCGUAAACUGGAAUCCCCCUAUAGUAGCGGUUUUGAUGUCCCAGAUUCCCCUCGCCCAGUUAAAACAUCCGGGGAAGAGAAUGGAGGCUUCUUCAGCCCUAUUAGGUCAUCAGCUUUCAGUCCACUUGGGAGUUGUGGUUCUUCUGAAUGUUUGUGUCGGAUUAAUCUUGGUGGAGAUGGGACAGGUCAAAAUCACCACGAUGCGAUUUAUAAUAGCUAUUCAGCAUAUGCUGAUAGUGUUUCAUCUGAGAUACUGGGUUCUGUUUUUCAUUCUGAAUUCUCAUCACAAGUAUGCACCGGAAAUGAUUCUGAACCCAAAGGGAUUGCUUUGAAAGAGAAAAAAGGUCAAGCUGCAAAAAUGAAGACUGGAAAGGAGACAGAUAAACAAGCAAAAUCCAAACAUAAGUCAUUAAUGAUUAGAGAUAGCAUUCAAAAAUUUGCAGCUGAAUUAGUUGAAAAAAGUUUCGGCAGUGCAUUUAAAGACCUGCAGAAAGGUGUUUCUUCAUGCACCAAUGCACUUUGUCAUUUGGCUGCUAGAUUGACUUCUUCGGUCUUUCAAAUGGCUUUUUAUGAGAUUGGAAGACGUAGAGCAAUCUCCUUGAAAGAGCGGGCCAUUAAUGGGAUAGCAAACUUUUUGGUGAGUGAAGCUAUAACUGGUGCUUUGAAAGAGCUGCGACACGUGAAGAAACAAAUAUUCACCAACACCGUUGCACGGUUUGCGGCAGACCUUGCUGAAGAGCUUGUGUUUGAAGGAGUCAUGGAAGUAUGCCAGUUUUCCUAUCCAUCGACACCUACAGCUGCGCAGCCUUCAGCAUUUGACUAUGAAGACAAGGUGGUAAGAUCCUAUGCCGGAGAUUUAUCUGAAUCUGUCAUCCAGGAGGCUUUUAUUGAACUGUCUCAGGUUGAUGUAACUUUCACAACACAAGCAGCCAUUAGUGUUUCCAUGGACAACGUUAAAUACGUGAGUGCAGAAAGUAUGGUGGAGUCAACUCGAACUUCCACAGUUUUUCCUAAUUUAAAUGAUAGGGUAGCACUGAACCCAAUCCAAGAUUCCAAGAAGGAAUAUACAGUACAGCAAGCUCUGUUUUGCACCUCUGGUGUUGUAAGUUCAAUACCGGUGCCCUUAGCUGGAAGAGCUCUCUGUCAUCAUCAGGUUUCCUCUGAUGCUUGUAAAGCAGAAGUAUUCCCUGCUCCGAGUUCUGAUGACAAUGUGAAAGUGUGCGAAGACUCCGCUCACCCGUUUUUCACAAGCAGAAAGAGAGAGGAGGAAGUAACUUCUUUCAGAAACAUAUACCUAACAUCAGAUCACAGUCCAAGUACUGGAAGUACUCCAUCACUCCUACAUAAACAAAACGAUAACAAACAAACAAACACCACAUCUGGAAUGAACAUAAAUUCAGAAUUAACAAGUGGGUCAAAAGGCAUUAAAACUUUCUCUGGAACUAUGGUAGAUAUGAUAGUAAAUGAAGCUUAUGAAGCCAUAAGCUCAUCCAGAGUAACAAAAGCUGUAGAAGAGUAUACAGAUUUUUUUACAAGAAAAAUAAUAGAUAAAAAAUCUUAUGUGCAAUGUAGUGGUGAAGAUUUCACCAAGAGUAUGGUUGUAGAUCCCUUGCCCAAGUAUGUUGUAAAACAGUCUGUGAAUGAAAGUAAAGCUGUGGCGUGCAGCGCUAGUGAGAAUUUAGCCUGUAACGUGAGCAUACAGACUUGUGCAGAUAUCCGUAGAAGAGAGCAAUGUGUGAAGAAGCAGGAGGCUGAGAAACAAACUAAUGUUUCUGUAAUUAUGGGACAGCAAAUGCCUUUGAAUAAUCCAUGUAGAUUUCUUCUUACUCCAACUCGUCCUGUUCAGUGUUUUCCAGAAUCUAAAGAUUGUUGUCGGGAACGAAAAGGACACGGGUUUUCUUCAAAAUCACCACCGACUUGUUCCACUGUGACUUUUGCUAGGCAGGUUGUAGAGGACUUCAAUGGUACAGGAAGCUCCUCAAUAACAUGUUUAAACAGGCCUUCAAAAAAACAUGAUACUCAGAAAACAUCAUCAGGACCAUUGACUUACAGACAGGCUGACUCUUUUCUGCAUGCAAAUAGCUUUUCUUCAGUGAUAUUUAGCAGGGAAGAUGCUUUGCAGGGGGAAGAUAAAUCGAGUCUCAAAGAUGGAAGUACCUGUGUAAUGCCAGGUACACCCCCACCAACUCCUUUGGUGCCAUAUCAAUAUAGUUCUGAACGAAACCUAAGAAAGCUUUCCAAGAAAUUGAAAGGAGAACUAGCAAAAGAAUUUGCACCUGCAACACCACCGUCCACACCAUACAAUCCCUCUGUUACUGGUCUGUCUGAAACUGAAUGUGACUCUUUGGAAAAUGAGGAAUUUAUGCUGAAACUCAUGCGGUCGCUUUCUGAAGAAGUGGAAAGUAGUGAAGAUGAAGAUCAUUCUGAAAUGCCUGUGGAGAAGGUGAAGCAUUCAGAACAAACGAUUCAAUAUGCAGACAGCAUAGCUAGCCAAAUAAUUUCAAUAGCAACUGAAAUGGCUGCUUCCCAUUUGGAUGGUAAAACAAACGGAAGAGAAGUGCAUGGUCAGGUUCAGUUAGGUAUGCAAAACAAAAGAUGUGGAUACACUGGGUUCAUGAAUAUCCCAGAAGAGACAUGCAGUUCUUUAUGGAAUUAUGCAGGUGAUAUGGCAGGAAAAGUAAUCAAUGAGGCCAAGAAAAUAGUGAAAUCAAGGCAUUGUAAACUGUUGAGGUUGAAGCGGGUUAACUGUCAGGUGGAUUGCCUUCACUUGAGAAAAGGUGAUAAAGAUUAUAGUGCAAAAGAACAAUGUGGUCCAAUGCGGGACCAGUGGUCAGGGGAGAGAGACUCAUCUGUGCUUCCUUUGCCACAGGGUUCAGGUGUGACAGGUUUGACUUCCAAAUACCCAAGCUGUGAAAGUGUGACGGAUGAAUACGCAGAUCAUAUCAUCCGAGUUUUGAAAAGAGAAGGUGGUAAUGCUGAACUGUUAAUGGAUCAGUACGCUAGCAGGCUCGUUUACAAGUCUAUCAAGUCAGGCUUACAGCAAGUUGCAAGAAAAAACAGAUUGAGAUACAACAGAAAGUUGUUACCUGGUCAAAAUGCACAGGUAAAUGGUAAGCUGGAACUGCUCAAAGCAGUGAAUAAAGGUGCAGUGCAGCAAAUGAAAAGCAGCAUUUAUCGCUGUGAAGACCAAAUGUGUGAAAGGAAUCUCAGCACACGGAGAACACAACACGCAGAGUUGUUAGAUUUUUCGGAAUCCCUUGUUCGCAGUAUCACUUGUGACGUCAGGAAUAAACUGAAAAUGUCAGGAGCUUGUUUGCCAAAGUCUCUGACAGAUUCCUGUUUAUAUAAAAAGACUGAAUUUGAUGAAGUCACGGGUGAUCUUAUUAAAACAGGAUUUUCUAGGACAUUUCAUCCUUUCUCCCCAGAUCAUAAACUGUAUCAUAGUACAGGCAGUUUAAAUGAAAAUGGCUACAGUGAAGGUAUAAUUGAAGCUAUAGAACAGUAUGCUAGGAAAGUAGCAGAUGAUACUCUAGAAAUGAGUUUAGAGUCAGCUGUUCUCCAUGUGGCCGAAAACAGAAAAAAUGGGGAUAGGCUCUCACAUACUGAGAAGCUGUCUCCUUUUUCUGGAACUGUGUGUAGAUGCUGCAGUAUGAAGGAACAUCGGUACUGUACGGAAAGUACAUCUCAUCAUCUGUCUGUACAAGAAUCCUCCAUUCCAGGGAGGCAUUUUCUUCAUUCUAGGUUGGCUGAUGCUUGUCAAAAAUCAAGAGCAUUUCAGCUUGAUAUUCCUAAAAUUCACGUUGAUGUGGAACAGAAGAUGGUGUUUUCUGGCAAGGGGGCUACUGCGGCCGUAGAGAAAGCAGAAGGAGAGCUGAGUUACACAAGUCUGACAGCCGACAGUGGUAUUGGACAAGAUGGAGUCAGUUUUGCUGAAAGCCUUACUACUGAAAUCAUGACAUCAGCUAUGACUAAUAUUGGUCAGGCAGUUAACAUAAGCUCUGUUGGAAGAGAAGGAUUUCACUCUGUUGAAUCUAUUGUUAGCCAGCAGAUGAGUCUUAGUAUUGGUGAUGAUAGCACUGGGAGUUGGUCCAAUCUAAGUUUUGAAGAUGAACAUCCCGAUGAGAGCAGCAGUUUUCUUCACCUGAGUGACAGUUCAGCUGCGUUCUCUUCUUCUCCUGGCAGUAAUGGUAACAGCAGUAGCUGGAGCAGUCUUGGUUUAGAAGGGGAUAUGUAUGAGGAGAAUUUAUCCUUGCCAACAUCAGACAGUGAUGGAACAGAAGAUAAAGAUGAAGACUCCAAAGAUGCUGCUGAAGGUUUGGAGCAAAUACGAAAGACUUUAUCAAUAGUGAAUAUUGAUCUGGAAUCAAAUCUAGUGGACCCCCAGCUCAGAGCAGCACUCCAGUGGCUAUCAGCUUCUGAAACAGAGGUGUCUGAUCUUCACUUUCAUGACACUGCUACAAGGGAAUUUGUCUUUCUUUCCAGAAGACUGCGAGAAAGAGAUUGGAAAGUUGGAGAUCUCUUGCAAGCGGUGUUGAAGUAUUGUGAAAUGAUAGAGAAGGCGCCUGAUGGAGACCAAGCUCCAAAUAAGUCUUUGGUUGGUUGGCUUAUGGAGAAUGUCUGAAAAAUCCAAAGAUGCAAUGCUCUUCACUUCAUUCCUCUUUUGAAAGGAGACAGAAGACAGAUAUGUCAAGUAAAAUUGAGCUAAUAAAUGUUUAAGGAAUUGUCAGCAUUUAAAAGACUUUGAGGUGAAAGUCAAAAUAGCUGUGCUGUGCUUUGUGAUACUGUGCACAUGGUAUGUUUAUUCUGCUCAUAGUAGGUAUUGUCCACCCAUGCAUAACUUGUAUUUACUACUGUGUUCAGACUAUUAAAAUAAUGAUGAAAAGAUCCCUUGUCUAUGACAGUAGUUCAGAGGAGACAGUCUCAGGCACAAUAUUCAGGAUUACUCCUGUGCCAGGAUAGCUGUUUUUCCUCAUUUAUGGAAUAUGUGCUAUAUUCACAGUGGGACUAAGAGCACUGAUGUUCUGCUAACAUCUGUUCUGAAAUACCUUGCUGCUGCGGGAAAAAAUACUGCCAUUGAUCAGAUGUUGUGUGCCCAAGGGCACCAUUGCCAGGAGGAAAAUUUUGACCUGCCCAAGCAGCCCCUUAAUCCAGUUUGACUUCAUAGCCGCUGUUUAACAUCAUAUGAAGAUGUGAAAGCCUGCUCUGAAAUAGUUGAGGUGCAAAUACAUGUUCCCUUUUGUUGCCUGCUGUAGAGCUGGUAACUUCUGGUAGAAGGGCAGAGUGGGUAUCUGAACACUUAAUACGUAGUUCUCCAGCAAGGUUUCCUGGAGUUUGCCCAUCAAACUUAAAUUGUUGAAUUUUUUACUGAAGCUUUUUGUAUGGAGACACAUUAAUUCUGUGUUGAAAAAUAUGUUAGUCUCUCAUAUUGAUGUGUUAAAAGUAGCAGACAGAAGCUGCUUCUGAGAAUUGUGGCCAUCUUUCUGACUAGGAUAAUUCUUUUCCUCAGCCUCUGUAUAUGAAUUUUCUUUUCAGUUAUAAAGAGAAUUCUGUUACUCAGUGAGCACUUAAGCAUUUAGCAAAGAAAACUAAUAUAAAACAAAUUUCUUGCAAAUUAAUUGUUCAUUUUUCUUAACUACUUUCACUGAAUUUUUUUAAAGAUACUUUUAUUCAAGUCUUCAUAGCAGUCUAAUCAGGUUCCUCACCAGUGCUGCUGACUUGCCUUUCUAUCUGAAGGGAAAUCUGGAUGUUUACAUAUCCUGUGGUUUGAAAAUGUUUUUGGGGCCUUUUUUUUUUUUUUUUUAUACAUCCUUUGAGAGAAAAAGGCAUGUGCUGGUAAUUAGUAGGUUGCCACCUCAAAACUCAUAUCACUUGCAAGGGAAUCACAGAGUCUGUCUUUGGAUGAACGAAAGAAUCCUAAUAACUUUUUCAUAGCAAGAUACACUGUUAAUAUGGUGCACAAGUUUCUUAUCACAGACAAGAAGAGAUGAAAUCUCUAAUAAUGAGUUUUAGUAGCAUAUGUACAAUUCUAAUUUCCCCUACCCCAUAAAUUAAUAUGGGGUGUCACAGUGGUAAAUUCAAGAGUGCUUUCCUUGCAGUCUUUGUGUUUCAGGAAGGUGUUCCACUGGUCUUUUUGCAGAGACCUGGUUUGUUCUAGUCCUCAUUUGUCAUCUGCGUUUCUGCCUUGGAUCUCACAGAGUUCACCCUUGUCACAGGGUUAAAGAUUGCUAAUGUUUUUGUAUGUGCACAUAUAUGUGUUUACACGUGUGCAUACACACAUAGAUCUGUGUAUGUAUCUAGAUGUAUACAUCUCACCAAUACGAAUUUUUAAUGUAAACUUUUACCACUAACUAAAAAAUCUGUUGUGCUCAUAGUUUAUUACCUCACUUUAGAUAUCAUUUCACUGACUGAAAGAUCUAUGUAUGCCAUGUGACAAAAAGACCAAAAAGCAUUACAGGGUCUUUUGUCUUGUUAUAGAUAAUAAAAUACCAAGCGUCAGGAAUAGUUUUCUUCUGAGUCCAAAACUGGGGGGAGAGGGGGAGAUUUUCUAGAGAAAAGUAGAAGAUAGUGAGAAUCCCAAAGCUUACAACUAUUCAAAAUGUUAAGCAGGCAAUAGUUGCACUAAAAAUGAUCUUCAUAAAUGGAAUCUUUUUUUCAAACUGGAUCAAAUCUGUUCUGUAACGAUUGAUUGGUGUUAUAGUGAGGAAGAAAUUUAUUUAUUAACCUCCGAGGAAAGUAGCAUAGUGUCGAAAUUUACAUGAGAAAAAUGUGUUAUAAAAUACUUAGUUUUUCACUUAGAAAACUUCUGGUUUGUUUUGUUUUUCACACAUCGUUUUUCUUUGCUUCUGGAUGACCUGAGUUUUCUUCUUGGCUGUGAAAAUUGGGAAAGCAUUAAACGAGCCUGACAAAAUUCUUAUAAUUUAAUAAUUUUAAUAGUCUUUGGGAAACCUUACUUUGACUUUAUCUAACCGGUGCUGGCUGAUGUAUUAGUGAGAAAGCUGUUCUUUGUUAAUGCUAGUCUUAAAUUGCUGAGUUUAUUUAAAAACUAAAAACUGAGUUUAUUUGAAACUCCUGACCACAGAUACAGAAGUGUAAAUGAAAACUGUAAAAAGAUGAAGUGCCACGCUUUGAUCCGUUUAAACCAGCCAACUCUACUUUAUAAACAAACAUAAUAAGGUAAAGUUUGUUUCAUCUUGCACUUUUUUCUGUAUGGGAAACCUGACUUGGUAAUUUAAUUUUUAAGUUGAGGAAAAUAUGUAUGAUGGUGUUAUCGGUCCAGAAGACAACCUGUCUCAAACACUUCAUAAAUCCAUUCGGUGUUCUGAAAAAUGAGAGUGUUAUGAUGCAUUGUAAGGUUUGGUAGAUAAAGCACUUUGAAAGUAUUCCCUCAGUAAAUUCACAGUUAAGGGUGAGCAUGUUUAAAGCAAAUUUAAAGAUGCAGAGCAGGGUGCAUAAAUAAUACAGAAAUGAGCAUAAAGCCUUAAAGUAAAAGCCAAACAGCUCAAACCCACAUGCUAAAAUUAAAGAGGAUUUGCUGUCUUAAAAUAAGGAUGUGAAAAAGUAGCGAUGGUGAUAUACUUGGAUGCAAUUUGUGUAGUAUCUUUGUUCCCGAGUUUUAAAGGAUUGUGUAAGCUUUUUAAAAAACAAACAGAAACCAAAACCCCAGCAACCCACAUUCCGAGGCUAAUUAAGUCUCUCAAAAACGGAUUUUAAAUGUUACAUUUUCUAGUGUAACUUUGUCUGGGACCUUUUCUAUGAAGAACCACAUGUUGUUGGAGAUGGGAACACAGUAAGUAGCGAACACUGUCACCAGCUCAAAACCCUUAGUUUUACACAGUUGAUUUGCAAUGAAAAAGACAAGAUUCAGGAAUUAUUUUAAUGUAAGAAUUUUGGCUUUUCAGCAAGAGCCGCUACUGUCGAGCAUUUACUGUACUUGAACUCUGAGGAGGCAAGUACAGAGCCCAGCCACUGUAGUCACUUUAUUUUGUACCAUCUUUGUACAUUCCUGUUGUAUAGCUGGAGUUGUAGUUUUAGAGGGCCUUUGUUCCAUUGUAAUGUCUGAAUAGUAUUUAAUACUAAAAUUUAUUAUAAUUUGCUGGAACUGCAGCUUAUUUGUGCAGUGUUACAGUAACUCACAGCCCCGUUAGUGAUGCAAUUGUAUACCAAAAGCAGUUUGAAUAACUAUAAAUGUUUAUGUAACUGUACUCAAUGAAUAUGAAGGUCUUGUACUGUAUAAUGGUGAUGAGUUUUGCCAUUUUAGUAAUUUAACGAUAUUCAGUUUUCAGAUUAUGAACUCCAGGUUGCACUAAAUUUGUCCUUGUUUUAGCAGUGGCAUAAAAUAAAACACAUUUCACUGGCUUUGA